UGGCCUUGCCUGCUGAAGCGUGAAACAUCCGAGGGGGUGUCAUGAAAGAGGAUCAAACGCCAGAAAACAGCCAAGAGAAUAAACUCAUGCCAAGUUAGUGGUCACUCAACUGAGCAGGUGACCCACCUCUAUGGCUUUGCAGGCCCAUAGUCAGUUCCUUUUAACGCUAGCUGUAACUUCAAUCUGACAACAGAAAGUUCAUUCAGUCUUCACAGCAGAAGACAUGAGAAGAAGCAUCUGCUUGUACCACGUGAUCACACUCUCUCUGAUGCUCUCUACUUUGACACAUGUUACUUUUUCAGAACUCGUCAGUUCACGUAACCCUUCUAGAUGGCCUAAGCCCCCAUGCAAAAUGUAUUACCCAAUAGAUCCUAAUUAUGAAGCAAGCUGUCCAGAUGUGGUAGCAUUUGUUUGUGCUACAAACGGCUUAACCUACAAGAAUGAGUGCUUCUUUUGCAUUGAUCAGUGGGAAUUCGGCCCUCAUAUUGCAUUUGUCAAAUACGGAAAGUGUAACUAGCAGCGGAUGGGACGCUUUCACUUGUUCAGGCUUUCCAUUACUUCGUUCUGGAAAUUAUUUCUUUGGGAAUUUGAGGAGCUUAAUUCCCAAACUGUAUGCACACCUGUGCCUUACCCAAAUUUCAAGCCAAACGGAAAACAAAGGAAUCCAAAUAAUGGGGGAAAAUGUCAUAUUUGUUGCAAAUAAACAUAUUAAUGAAUGAAAUGAUUGCUAUUAAUUUUUGUGAACUGAUAGUUUAAAGUCAGUUUCUAUGUGGAGAGAUCUAUAGUCUCUUAGCCCAGUGAGACUGCUACUUCUUUCUUUAAACUCC